AUGGCCACCUGUGAAGUCGUUUUCAACCUCCUGACCUUUGCGUUGGUCAGUGGCUUGGCUCUUACAGCGACCGGGCAGCAGUCGGCACUACCUAUUGGCCACCUCACCGCCGCUGAUAAAGAACACAUAAAGCAUGUUCUUACAGACUCCCUGGUGGACGUGAAAUCUGCGCAUUUUGCCGCUCUUGGAUAUCAAAGCCUCGGAGAAAAGUUUGAUGCAGUUGCGAAGGUGUGCCCUUUGUUUCAGGCCAGUGCAAAAUCUGAAGAUAUCGAGGUUUUGUAUCAUGCUGUUUCUGGCGCAUCUCUUCUGGGUGCCAACGUGUGCAAGGUACAAGUCUCUAACUUUGGACAAUUCAUGAAGAAACAAUUGGCCUCUCCACUGACCAGUGAUCAGCUUUUACAACUUGUAUCCACGGCCAGAAUUCUCAAUGAGACAGUCGACUCUUCGGUGGUUUACACCCUUGUUCAACAACUCAGAAAAAAGGAUAGUAGUGCUUUGAACCUUGCCAACCUACUACAAAUCGUAUCGUCUCUGAAGCUGGAGAAAUCGAAGUUCGAAACCGUCCUUCCCGAUGUGAAGGCUCUGCUUGACCAGGCCGAUGAGGCCGACGGUAUUUAUUUAUAUUACGAUAAAGGCGUCUACACCACCGCAUUGGCCAUUGACAGCAUUUUCAAAGUGGCCGCGGCCGUCGGGAAGGCCCCAGUCAUAUCCGAGCAACAAGUCAUUAAGUUCGCCAACUUCCUGUACUCAAAGAGACGAACACAGCAGCCGCGAGCUGCUGCCUUCCUCCUCGUCGCUAUGCGUACUUUGAGUUCAAAUGCUUUCAUGGUGCCAAUAGUCGUUACAGGCGCCUCUGCACAUGAGCGUGCUGCAGUCUCUGGCCUCACGAUCUCGUCCAAGCGUCAGGUAUCUCUUCGACUCGCCAACCUUCUUGGCGAGACGCAGCUCACUGAUGCCAAGAAAAUUGACCUCACGGCCGCCGGUCUCCAUCGCCUGCCCAGUUCAGCUUCUACGGACUCUACUUUACUUGGUCCGGCCAGCCGUGGAGCUUUUAAAGCAUCAACCGAGUGUCGAAUAAUCCCAAGCCGGGCCUCGGCUGCACUUAGCUUGCAAAAAAUAAAGUGCCGAUGGUUCUUGUGCCCUGCCAAUGCAGAGGACGAAGCUCCUCGCCAAAGUCUCGUAAAUCGCGUUCACAGAGUGCUUGUUUGGAACUUUUUUUUACUGAUUCCUGUCCGGGUGCUGUACAAGGUACGUGUGACCAGUCCACAACUAUCCCUUGCCACCGGCGAUUCUUCUCGUGCCAAAGUGGAUAUUCCAGUUACCGUUGACAAGAAACUCACAGCUCCUGCUGAAGUCGCCGGACCUGCGGGUUCUGUCCGUGUCCAGCGAAACGAUCAACUCCACCUGACUUUCAGCCUGUCUGACUCCGUCUCCGGGUCGCCAGUUAACCCCCACCAGGUCUUCAUCCAGCUGAUGCAUGAGAAAACACGCCAGUCCAUAACGUAUAUCUGUGAAAAGACCUCGUCUGUGGGUGCCUAUUCAUUCAAACUGAUCCCAGACAAUUUGGCCAGUGAUUUUGACCACCUCUAUGGAGUUUACUCUAUGGAUCUGCUUAUUGGCGAUGCGCUCCUCACAAAUUCCCUGACGUGGCGAAUCGCUGACCUGGACAUCCACCUGCCGAUUGAUGACUCCUCUCUCCGUGGCCUCGGCGAACCUGACAUUGCCCAGCAGUCUGUGGCCUCUGUAGCCAGCAGAAAGCGUUCAGAGUUGAAUCCUCUGAUUGGCAGAGGCCCAAGCAAAGCGAAGCCUGAGCUGGAGCACACAUUCCGCAUCUUCGCUCUCUACCUCUGGUACUGGGUCGAGCUAAACAUGUUCACAACGCUACGCUACCUGUUCCUGAUUGGCACUGUUACCUUCUUCGCGGGCAACCGUCUACUGAGACACUUGAGCAGUGUUCGCAAGGGUGAUGCAGCCUCAGGCUCAAAGUCUGGCAAUUAA